AAUAUUUUUUUUAAAUAGAAAAUACCACAAGCUACUCUAUAAUAAUGGUGCACGGCAUUUGUCGUGCCGAGGUAUUCGUCUUUCUAGGAUCUGUGGGUAUUGUUUUGAGUUCGCAUUUUCAUCUUGGACUCUUAAUGUUGCGGGGACAGAAGAACUGGGCGAGUUACGAACUUCAGGCGAGUGCUAUAUCUAUUGCAGUAGACAACGCCAGAAAAGAUGGACAUUUCCUGAAUCAUACUUUCAGUGUGACGUCACGUUUUGUCGAUGACAUGUCCCUGACGGCAGGUGAAACAGUGCGCAUGAUCACAGAGGAUAAGAUUGAUCUACUUUUGGGCCAUCCCUCCUCAAAGCGAAAUCUAGGACCCGCUUACGUGACCCCAUAUUAUAACAUUCCCCAUAUCAGCUGGGAAGCCAACGACCCAACAUUCGAGAAGAAAGACAUAUUUAAAACGUUUAUACGGCUGUCUUCAACCUUUAACAAAGUUGGUCUGGCUACAGCUUCACUGUUUACCAAGUUCAACUGGAAUGUCACUGCACUUCUCAUACAGACGUCUUAUGACCUAUGCUUGCAUGCAAUGAAUGGUUUUUUAACCAGAGUGGCGCACCAUAAAAUUACCGUGUCUUCUUACCUACGUUUUACAGAAAAUCCUUCCAAAAGUCAGAUAGAUCAAUAUUUGAACACUAUCAAGAAAACAGCAAGAAUUGUGUUUAUGUGCGCAGAAAAUAACAAUUUCCGAGAAAUAAUGAUACGAGCUCACUACAACGGGAUGACAACUGGAGAUUACGUCUUCAUCGAUCCAAACUUCUUAUCAAACGCCGACAAGUAUCGAUACACCGCGUGGUAUAAGAAUGACUCUGACGACGUCAUAUCACGUGAAGCAUUUCGUCAUGUCAUUCAUUUAACAGCAGCUAGAUGGUUUGAUGAUGCCAGCAAGGAGCGUCACUUAGAACUAAUGAGAACGAUUCCACAGAGAAUGGCAGAGCCUCCAUGGAAUGAUUCUACUGCACUUGAUGAAGGCCUCUCCCCCUCCACAUCAGCUCCUACGUUACAUGAUUCUAUGUACCUGGCUGUUUUGUGGUGGGACCAUUGUUAUAAAAGAGGACUGAAUCACAGAAACGGGGCUGGACUAUUCGAGUUUACUCACAACUUAACUUAUAAUGGUACUAGUGGUAAAAUUCACUUUGACGGUAAUGGAGAUAAACAGCCUGUGUUUUGGGUAGAGGAUCUGAAAAAUAAAAGCGAUGAAACGAGGAUUUUUGCCAUUGUAGAAACAGGAUCGGAGAUUGUAACUAUCUGGCAAGAUAAGUCUACUCUGUGGUUGACCGAUGAUGGCGAGGCACCACCAAGUACGCCACCCUAUUACACCACUGAAAUUAUCAUCUCUCUCUCUAUUGUCGUCGUAUUUCUCAUUGCGGUCAUUAUAGCAGGAUUUUAUAUCAGGAAGAGAAAAUAUGACCUUCAAAUCUUGAGGAUGACUUGGAAAAUAGAAAUUACUGAUGUUAGCAUAAAGGGAAACAAACGUGGAAUUGGAAGUCAGCUCAGUAAGAGUACCUUUUCAAUGAUUGAUUGUGAAGGUAAUAGUGAUGGCACUAGUCACCUCAACUUUACCAAGACAGCUGAGUAUAAAGGUCAGACAGUAGCCAUCAAAACAAGCCCUCUGUCUACAGUUCACCUAACUAUGACGGACUUGGUGGAACUGCGAGCCAUGCGGGACUUUUUACAUGCUAACGUGAAUCCCUUUAUCGGCGCCUGUAUCGAUCCUCCCGACAUUUGCUGCCUGUUUCUGUAUGGCACCAAGGGAAGCCUUCAGGAUGUCUUGGAAAAUGAUGAUAUACGACUCGAGUGGGCUUUUAAAGUUGGAAUACUGAAAGACAUCGCUAUGGGAAUGAAGUACCUCCACUCCUCUGUCCUGAAAUCGCACGGUCGACUUAAAAGUUCUAACUGUAUCAUCGACAACAGAUGGACCGUGAAGGUCACGGACUACGGGGUGUCUGCUUUCUACGAACAUGAACAACUGGCUAAUAUUAAGAGAAUGGAAAAAUUUAAAGAUUUAUUAUGGACGGCACCGGAAAUAUUAAGGUCUGGCGACAUUGCUCCAAGGAAUGGCACAAAGGCGGGUGACGUGUAUAGCUAUGGUAUCAUCAUGCACGAAACGUUCUACCGUAUAGAUGUAGUUAAGGACAUACACAAUGGGCAGUCGUGUAAACCUGAGAUGAUCAAGUCUGAGGCCAUCAAACCUCAGAUGAUAAAGCUAAUGAAGAUGUGUUGGGACGAUGACUGGAGACUGAGACCGGAUUUUACCAGUAUCCUGAGCUUUAUCAAAGAAAACAACACAGAGGCGAGUGUGAACAUAAUAGACUCCAUGAUUACGAUGUUAGAGAAGUACGCCAAUAACCUAGAAGACCUGGUGGAAGAAAGGACAGUGGCCCUGAAUGAAGAGAAGGAUAAGACUGACAGACUGCUCUACAGGAUGUUACCCAGGCUGGUUGCUGAUAAACUAAAGAGAGGUGAAUUUGUUGUCCCAGAGGAGUUUGAGGCUGUAACCGUCUUCUUUUCAGACAUCGUGGGGUUUACCACCAUUGCUUCAAAAAUCACACCGCUAGAUGUCGUUGACUUUCUUAACGAGAUUUAUACGUUAUUUGACGACAUAAUCUCCACGUAUGAUGUUUAUAAGGUGGAAACAAUUGGUGAUGCUUAUAUGGUGGUCAGUGGUUUACCAGAGAGGAAUGGUAAUGCUCAUAGUGGCGAGAUAGCUAACAUGUCUUUAGCCAUAUUGGGACAACUCAAGCAAUUCAAGUUAAAGGCUAUUCCGGAACAGAAAGUAAUGGUUAGGAUAGGUCUGCACACUGGACCGGUCUGUGCAGGUGUAGUAGGACAGACGAUGCCCCGCUACUGUCUAUUUGGGGAUACCGUGAACACAGCCUCCAGAAUGGAAUCUAAUGGAGAAGGUGGCAAGAUACAUAUUACAGAAAAUACAAAGACUGCGUUGCAAAAUCUUGGAGGGUAUGAUAUGGUCGACAGAGGAAAUAUAAAAAUAAAGGGAAAAGGAGAAAUGUUCACAUACUGGUUGUUAGAUAAAACAAAGAUUCUACCCCCUAUCUUCUCCCCGAGUAACUCGGAAAAGAGGGAGAUGUGUAGUUUCACAAGACGCCAGAUGUCGCUGAGAUGCGGGGUAGAUAUAACAGAUGGAUAUCCCUCAGAGGAAUGGACAGGUGUAUACUACUAAUCUGGGGUGUACCAGGAUUCGGGACGACCAAAUUGUACAAAUCUCAUCUCAAAUUUCGGUCUUAAGUCCUCGAUUUCCGCUUCACUUAACCCAUCAGUGCCCACUACUGAUAUUAGAUUUAUCAUGGUUCAGGCCAACCAACUUGAAAAUCUCAGAAUCUAAGCUCAAAGUUCAGUUUCAAAUCCUAAAUUUUGGCUUCACCUGGUCCACUACUGAUCUCAGAAUAACAAGAACCAGGAGGAUUGUAUAUUUACCACAAAAUCCAUGCAGCUGGCAUAAAAAGAAAUGACGAAGGAAAGCU